AUGGGCUUACUGUCAUGGCUGAGACAGGAGGCGCAGCUGAAGAAGAUGGUCCUGAUUGUUGUGUUUAUUGCCUUGUUCCUGGAUCAUAUGCUACUAUCUGUGGUUGUCCCAAUCCUCCCCAGUUACCUGCACACAAUUGAACAGGCUUCCACCACCACUUCUGGGACCAGCACUGACUCACCAUUCACAUCAGUGAUUGGUGAGUCAAACGUGGGCUCCACGUUUGCACCUCAACACCAGAACCCAGCUGUCUCCAGUAAUUCAUCCACAGUGGCUCAGGUAUCCCCCCUUUCAAACUGCUCUGAAACGGAAGAUGAUCUGGACAAAGAAAACAUUAAAGUAGGACUGUUGUUGGCCAGCAAGUCUACUGUGCAGCUUCUCAUUAACCCCAUAAUUGGACCACUUACUAACAGGUUUGGAUAUCACAUCCCCAUGUGUGCUGGCUUUUGUAUAAUCUUCUCAGCAACCACCUUGUUCGCCUUUUCAUCUAGCUACAUCUUACUGCUGGUGGCUAGAUCAGUGCAAGGUGUGGGUGGAUCCUGUUUAUCUGUGGCAGGAAUGGGUAUGUUGGCUGAUGUGUACAAAGAUGACAAUGAAAGAGGGCGUGCGAUGGGUAUAUCCUUCACUGGUGUGGCCUUAGGGUUGGUAGCGGGUGCUCCGUUUGGCAGUGUGAUGUAUCAGUUUUUGGGGAAGAUGGCUCCCUUCCUUGUCCUGGCAGCCAUCGCUUUAUUGGGUGGAGGUUUGCAUGCCAUCAUUUUCCAACCAUCACGGGUGCAAGCUAAGACAGAAAAGGGGACUUCACUGCUGACUCUCAUGAAGGAUCCAUACAUUCUCAUUGCUGCAGGAGCUGAAUGCUUUACAAUGCAGGCUAUUGCCACAAUCGAGUCAUCACUUCCCAUAUGGAUGAUGAAGACCAUGUGUGUCAGCAAUUGGCAGCUAGGUAUUGUCUUCUUGCCAGACAGUGUGUCUUACCUCAUUGCAUCCAACGUCUUUGGUAACCUAUCAAACAAAAUUGGAAGAUGGCUAUGUGCUUUUAUUGGAAUGAUCCUGGUGGGAAUAACCACCAUCUCUUUUGGAUUUUCCAAGAACAUUUACCAUGCGAUGGCUCUGAAUGCUUCUUUGGGCUUUUCAGUUGGCAUAGUGGAGUCCUCAAUAAUGCCUCUAAUGGGUUAUUUGGUCGACCUGAGGUAUGUGCCAGUGUAUGGUACUGUUUAUGCUAUUGCAGAUGCCGCAGUCUGCAUUGGAUUCUCUGUAGGUCCAGCUAUUGGAGGUCCUAUAGUGGCAGCAAUUGGCUUCCCAUGGCUCAUGGCCAUAACUGGAAUUGUAAAUAUCCUCUUCGCCCCACUCUGUAUCUUCCUUUGGAGACCACCUCAACAGGAGGAAAUGUAA